ACACCCCCACUGCGCAAGUCCAGUCUUUGUCGUUUUUCUGAGUCGUGACGUUCUUAGGAGAAACCGUGAAGACUUUCUGCCUUUCUUGUCAGUUUUAAGAACAUAAAAGCCACGAUGCCGAACAUCAAGCUUCAGAGCUCAGACGGGGAGAUAUUCGAGGUGGACGUGGAGAUCGCCAAACAGUCUGUCACCAUCAAGACUAUGUUAGAAGACCUGGGAAUGGACGAGGAGGGAGAUGAGGAGCCCAUCCCCCUGCCCAACGUGAACGCAGCCAUCCUGAAAAAAGUCAUCCAGUGGUGCACACAUCACAAGGAUGACCCACCCCCACCGGAGGAUGAUGAGAACAAGGAGAAGCGGACAGACGACAUUCCUGUGUGGGAUCAGGAGUUCCUGAAAGUGGACCAGGGAACGCUGUUCGAGCUUAUAUUGGCUGCUAACUACCUAGACAUCAAGGGUCUACUAGAUGUGACCUGUAAGACGGUAGCGAACAUGAUCAAAGGGAAAACGCCGGAGGAGAUCCGCAAAACUUUCAACAUCAAGAACGACUUCACAGAGGAGGAGGAGGCUCAGGUGCGGCGGGAGAACAUGUGGUGUGAAGAGAAGUAGAGUCGCUGCCCGUCUUCGUUAGCGUUUUUCCUCGUUAGUGAUGUAAA